AUGAAAAUCCACCCGGUCCCAGUUCGAGAGGAUAACUAUGCCUAUAUCCUUCAAUCCUCGGUCGAUGGCUCUGCUGUCUUUGUGGAUGCGUACGACAUUCCUGCUGUUGAGGCUGCAGCUACUAAGCUAGACAUUUCUAAGGAUGGCGUAGUUGGACUUCUCACCACACAUCACCAUCACGAUCACUCGGGUGGGAAUGAGGCUUUUGCCAAAGCUUAUCCUGGCAAGCCUAUCUAUGGUGGUUCGGACAAGAUUCCUGCACUUUCGCAAAAAGUGAAAGAUGGAGAUAGGGUAGAUGAUCUGUUGAAGGGAGUAGGUAUCGAGUGUCUGGCUACACCCUGUCAUACACAAGAUCACAUUUGUUAUUUUGUCCAAGAUAAAGAGGGUGGUGGUGGUAAGGGAGUGUUUACGGGUGAUACGUUGUUUGUUUCUGGUUGUGGGAGGUUCUUCGAGGGUACACCGGAAGAGAUGCUUGCUGCGAUGGACAAGCUCAGCAAACUGCCUGAUGAAACGGUGGUGUAUUGUGGUCAUGAGUAUACAAAGGCAAACGUAGCAUUCUCGGCCGCAAUCCUCCCGAAAGAAGAAAAAGGAAUUGCUAAGCUAGUCAAAGAUCUGAAAGAGCGUAGGAACGCAGGCGUAACCACCGGAGUCUACACCAUUGGGGAUGAGAGACAGCACAACCCGUUUAUGCGAGCAAGGGACAGUGUGGUGCAAGAGAAAGCGAAAGAACAUGGCGCGAAAAGCGCAGAGGCGGUAGAGGUAAUGAGAAUGCUGAGGGAGUUGAAGAACGGUGGAACGGUCAAGGCUAACAUUUGA